AUGGCUGAUGAUGACGAUGGGAAGGUGGUGGAGUUGAGUUUGGUGGAGGGUGUGGAAGGUUAUCAGGUGGAUGUGCCCUUGGAGCGUCCCCCACCAGUGUACACGCGCUACUUUCCGGAUCGCCGCUACCUCUGCCGUCAUAAGGAUGGAGCCUGCGUCGACGUCUACGCCUUCAAGCACUCCAACAGGUAUCCGUUUGGGGACGGGUAUGUAGCACUGCUCACAAUGCGGCACUCUGAAUCAGCCAAGGCAACCGACCACCUGUGCACAGAGGGCGAGUACACGACAGCGCAGCAGCAGCAGCAGCAGCAGCAGCAGCAGCAGCAGGGGGACGAACAGGCCACCAAGAAGAGCAAGACCAGCGAACCAGAACAAGAGCACCAACAACCACCAACGACAAGCAGCAGUGGUAACAUGCCGACACAAGCGCUACCAGCAGCAGCAGGACAAGGCCAGGGGCUGUAGCAGUGUGCAGCGUACAUGAUAUGGCUGUGUUUACUCGUUUGUUGUAGACUGUUGGAUUGGUGAGAGAGUGAGGAGAUGGAAGAAGAAGACGAGUGUGGUGGCAUGGUACUGAAGUGUGUGCUUCUAUUGCGACGUGGCGCGAUAAUAGACCCAACCUACACCAUCGUCAGCUACUCGGUG